UGCGCGCUGAACUCCAAACCGGAUAUCCGCCUCGCUUUCCGAGCGACAAGAAAGUUCGCCACACGUGGAGUUCAGAGGGGAAACGGCGUGUUAGCACCAACCUUUUAGGUGUUAUCGAUAUAAAAACAACCUCUCCGAUAUUUUAUUGUGGCUUUUUAAAGCUUUAAACCAACUUUGCGUCAAGAUGUUUCUGCAGUUUUACAUCAAUGAGAACGGGGACAGAAUCUACACCCUGAAGAAGACCGACCCGGCAGGGCAGCCCACCAGCUCGGCCCACCCGGCUCGCUUCUCCCCCGACGACAAGUUCUCCCGACACCGAGUGACGGUGAAGAAACGCUUCGGCCUCCUGCUCACCCAGCAGCCCAGACCUGUUCUGUGAGGGAGCGGCAGAAGAAGAGGCGAUGGAUGGAUGGAUGGAUGGAUAUGAGACCCAGACACGGAGGGAUGAGGAUGGAACUGUUGAGCAAAAACAAAAUACACACUCUGGAUCCCAGCUUAUGAAAGUGCUGCCAGGACUUGUCCUCAGUUUUCACCGAAUACUCCUGGCACAGAUUUAGGGGACUGAUCAUGUUUGGAUAUCUUAUUUUUAUGCACCAUAAUUUUCUUGAUGUUCAUUUAAGUUUGUCAUAAUUUAGUUCUCAUGCAGAAUAAAUGUUUGGGUGAUUGUUUGUA